AUGAAAAUCCAAAUUUAUGCUUCCGUUGUCAUCUCAACCACCAUCAAGGUCGCUCUUUAUCGUGGCGCUUUCCGCCUAUCAUGCUCACCACCAGUUUCCUCAACGGGAGCUAUACAACAACAAAAGAGAAAAGAAGACACAAAACCCGUUAAUAAAGAUGGAGUCGAUUCUACCUUUUUUCUCCCUCUGUGGUGCACGGCUGAAUUGGUUGGACCCCUGCUGGAAAGUGGAGAUACCUCACGUCUCCCCUUUGCCUCCGCUGCCAAACCCUUACUCAAAUCCAUAUUCAUAGAGCAGGCCAAGAAAAUCCCAACCAGCGUAACUAAGAAAUCGAGAUAUCCGGAAGAGGCUUGCCUCAAAAGAUUGAACAAAGCUCUCAAGCUCAUGCAGACCCUCGACGAUGGCUUCUAA